CUUACAGCCUACAAACCAACUUUCUCCGUUUUUGAAAUUAUCCAUGAAACUUAAAGAGCCCCGGUAUUUCAGUCAUGAACGCCACCAAGAGAAAGUUCAACGCUUUGAUAAAUGGGAUCGGAAAUAAAUCGACAACUACGUUGGCUUCCAAAGAAGUAAACAAUGUCCCAGACAACAACGGAGACUCCCAGACGAAGAAGCGACGAGUUAGCGAUAGGAGUUCAAUCACAAGUUCAAUCGACAUGCCGUCAGCUACACGAAAACCAUUAGCAACCAUGAAGCACAAAAAGGCCGCUUUAUCGACAACAGCAGCGGCUACUGAGCCUCCCAAAUAUGCUCCCUGGGAUCGCGAAGCAUUUCUCAAGCGGUUGAAGUCAUUUUCGAACCUAACAGACUGGACACCGAAGCCGGCUCGAGUGAACGAAGUUGAAUGGGCGAAGCGUGGAUGGGUUUGCCAGAAGCUUGAAAGGGUGCGAUGCUGCCUGUGCAAUGUGGAGAUCUUGGUGAAGCUCAACCGCAAGGAAGUGGAAGGGAAAGAGCAGCCAGUUUACAUUGCUGAGAAGAUUGGUGCGUUGAAGUCUAGCAGUCUUGAAGAAGAUGCUGACUCUUGUGUAGAGGAAGCCUUGGUAGAUAAGUACGUCGAGCUCAUUGUGUCUUCGCACGACGAGGGCUGUUUAUGGAGAAAGAGGGGUUGUGACGACUCUAUAUUCAAAUUGCCACUCAAUCAUACAGGAACUACUUUCCGAAACCUCCGAGAGCGAUACGAUGAAAUCUGUAAGAGAAGUGAAAACCUGCCUUACAAGUUCAAUAUGCGUACACCCCAAGGAUUUGAUCUGGAUGUUGUUCUUGCAAAUCUUCCGCCAAAUUUCUUCUCGUCUCCCACAGAUGCCACACCAGACGCGAGUCUUCCGCCGGCAGAUGUCAACAAAGUGGCUUUACUGAUGGCAUUAUUUGGAUGGCAAGGCCACACACAUGAUCGUUUGGGUGCUCAAAUGGGAUCUGUUUCUUGCCACGCUUGCUUCAGGGUUCUAGGACUGUGGAUAUUCAAGAGCAAGGAAGUCAAUGCGGCUGGUGAAGAAGUCGUCGGGCCAACUAUGAGCUGCCUAGAUGUUGUCAAAGAGCAUCGAGAGUAUUGCCCAUGGCAAAAUGCCAUCUCUCAGAAUGGCAAGGGACCUGUCAAGACAUCGACGACUGGAAUGGCAGGGUGGGGGAUUAUCUUACGGAUCCUUCACAACGAUCAUCUGCUGAGAUCUAGACGAGAGUCGCCUUUGGGAAAGAUCAGGCACUCUGUCACGGAGAAUGCUAUCGAGACGGACAGCGCUCUUGGUACGGAUGUCGGGGAUGAAGAUGCGAUGAGUAUCAGGGAUGAGGAGGACAAGCAAAGAUGGGCGAGGUUGAGAAGAGUCAAAAGCUUGUUUGAGACGAAGGGAGGAAAGAAGCUUACACGAGAGAAGAGCAAGUCACGCUCGUGAGGAACCGUACCUAAGCAAUAAGGGAAGGCUGGGGCAUGAGUGUAUGAUUAUGGAGUUGAUGGCAUCUCCUGAGGCGCAACUUUUGCAUUUUAGGAGUUUACGAUACCCACAGAAUUCCAAGAUUGCGUGCUGGUAGCUACAUUGCAAU